AAAGAAGAAAGGCCAAAAGAAAAAAAAAAACGGAUUAAAAAAAAAAAAGGGGAAAGGAAGGUUGUCGUGUUGUCUUUCUUUCUAUAGUUUGAUUGCUAAGAAAAGUAUCGAGAGAGAGAAAGAGAGAGAGGGAGGGAAUAUGAUUUUGAUGGUAAAAUGAUGAUGAAAUUGAUGAGAAUUUUUCGUCGGAUGGAGUUUUGAAAUGGGUUUCAUUAUUGGAUUACCGAGUUUGGAUAUCGCCAACGACAGCUAUUAUUCCAAGAAGCUACAACCGUUGAAACGUCGCUGCUUUCGGUUGGGAUCCAAGUUUAUUGUUGGUGUCGAGUCAAUACCGUCGGGGGAGUUCGCUUCUCCUUAUUUGCGCUUCUUCAAGCGCGCUUCAUGACCAUGAUCCCUUCCCCACGAAUCUCUCUUGGAUCUCGCUCGCAGAUCCACCCUCACCGCCACCAUCACGACAACAAAAACAACUCCCUAGCCUUUGUUUUUCUUCCCGAUGGAUCCCACUUCUCGCCCUGCUGUCGUCAUCGACAACGGCACCGGGUAUACUAAGAUGGGAUUUGCGGGUAAUGUAGAGCCGUGUUUUAUUCAACCAACAGUAGUAGCAGUAAACGAGUCGUUUCUAAAUCAAUCCAGAACUUCUUCAAAAGCAAAUUGGUUAGCUCAGUAUUCAGCUGGGGUAAUGGCAGAUCUUGAUUUCUUCAUUGGAGAUGAAGCACUCGCGAGAUCGCGAGCUAGUAAUACUUAUAAUCUUACCUAUCCUAUUAGGCAUGGUCAAGUUGAUAAUUGGGAUGCUAUGGAACGGUAUUGGCAGCAAUGUAUUUUCAAUUAUUUACGGUGUGAUCCUGAGGAUCAUUACUUUUUGUUGACUGAGAGUCCGCUUACUGCUCCCGAGAGUCGAGAGUAUGCUGGUGAAAUUAUGUUUGAGACGUUUAAUGUUCCGGGGCUUUACAUUGCUGUGAAUUCUGUGCUUGCUUUAGCAGCUGGGUACACUACAUCUAAGUGUGAGAUGACAGGGGUGGUAGUGGAUGUUGGAGAUGGGGCUACACAUGUUGUACCUGUUGCAGACGGUUAUGUUAUUGGGAGCAGCAUUAAAUCAAUACCAAUUGCUGGAAAAGAUGUCACUCUCUUCAUACAGCAGCUAAUGCGGGAAAGAGGAGAGAAAAUUCCACCAGAGGACUCAUUUGAAGCAGCUCGAAAAGUGAAGGAGAUGUACUGCUAUACUUGUUCUGAUAUUGUCAAGGAGUUCAACAAGCAUGACAAAGAACCUGCAAAGUACAUCAAACAAUGGAGAGGUAUUAGACCAAAGACAGGGGCACCAUACUCCUGUGAUAUUGGUUAUGAACGAUUUUUAGGCCCAGAGGUUUUCUUUAGUCCUGAGAUCUAUAGCAGUGAUUUUACCACUCCUUUACCAGCUGUAAUAGAUAAGUGCAUUCAGUCAGCACCAAUUGACACAAGAAGAGCUUUGUAUAAGAAUAUAGUGUUAUCUGGUGGAUCAACCAUGUUCAAGGACUUUCACAGAAGGUUGCAGCGGGAUCUGAAAAAGAUUGUGGAUGCCCGAGUUCUUGCAUCUGAUGCUCGGCUUGGUGGGGAAGUAAAAGCACAACCUGUGGAAGUUAAUGUAGUCAGUCAUCCUAUCCAAAGAUUUGCAGUUUGGUUUGGAGGUUCUGUACUUGCCUCAACACCUGAAUUUUUUGCGGCAUGUCAUACAAAAGCAGAAUAUGAGGAAUAUGGAGCGAGCAUUUGCCGCACAAAUCCUGUAUUUAAGGGGAUGUACUGAGGCAAAUAUCCACUUUUCAGCUGAUUAUUGAAAAAAUAAUCAUCGAUGAUGCUCAAUCGGAUGACUUGGUAUUUCCACUUCCAUCAUCAACAUCAGUUCACAUCUCUUGUUCCAUCUGUGCUUGGUGCUCAUGUGUAUUGGUUGUAAAAGGUGGUGUAAAACAUGGUAGCCAGUCUCAAUUUCAAUGGUUAAACAAGGAAAGUUCUUACAUUCAUUCUUUAAUUAGGAGCCAAGGGUCGCCCUCACAGCAGCCCGUAGAAUGCAGUCAAAUUUGUUGCCAGCAGGUCCUGCCAACACUUAUGGAACAGAUGGAAUAUCAAACAGUUGGAAAAGAAUCUGCUGAGCUGAAUUGCAUUUUUAAUGUUCAGCUUACUUAGGAUGUAAUAGGGGUUUUACAUAAAUUUUUUUUUUCUCAUUUUGGGGUGGGCCAGAGUAGGGUGGUUGGUUGUGUUUUGGUGGCAGCAGCAAACCCGGUGGUGAUUCUGAGUCUUUGGUCCACCAGUACAUUCUCUGUUAGAAAGCAAGAUUGGGGUACCAAUUGAGUUAGAAAUUUGUUUUUGUGAUAUUCUGUAAUUGUUAUUAAUCUUUUGUGUAAUAUUGAUCAAGAUAGCAAAAUUUCACAUAUGGUUUCAGUACAUUUUGCAACAAUUAUGAUGUUCUUUUUGUAUGGGAUAUAUUCUUUCCUUAAUUGAUUUUUUUAAGUUA